UUCUAUCAAGCGUCGAUUUUAAAUUCAAAAAAUUACAAAUUUCUUUAAAAUGUAUACAUCAAAAUUGUGCGUUUUUCUCGAGGCAUAUAUCGACAACAUCCGCGGCUAAAGGUCAGCCAAAUAACAAGCAGUCAAUCAAUCAAUCAAACUGGCAUCAUGGACAGUCCACCUGGACACCUGAGUGUGUAUAUGUUUGUGAUACAUACUGCCAUAUUGAUGUCGUACUUUGUCCUGUGCAGCAUCCUGCAAUGGAUGCUGCUCUGCAUCUACAUGAAGCAUUCGCAUAUUGUGUACACGAUGAUCUGCUUCUUUGCCGCGCUGGUGCUGCUCACCUUCAUUCACUUCAGUCAGUUCCUCAAAUACGGCAAGCCCUGGAACUAUGUGGCCAUACUCUUUUGCUAUGAACUCUUGACCCUGGGCGUCACCAGUUUCAUUGUGGACAGCAGCGUUGGCGCCGCAAUUGGCGUCGUUGUGGGUGCACUUUUCCUGUGGAUCAUUGUACUGGCGGGCUGCUAUGCCAUCAUCCGAUUUGUGAGCUAUCCGAAUCCCUAUACAUUGGCCGGCAUUGGCAUUGUGGGUCUGAUGAUGUCCAUGGUUAUGGUGGCGGUCGAACAAGUGAUUGAAUGUCGCGCCUGCGGCGAAAUAGCAUUGGUCGCUGUAAUGGUAACCGUAAUACUUAUGAUGAUCUCCCAUGUGCUGUUGACACACGACAGUCGCGAUUUACUCAAGAAAGAUGACACCCUGCUGGUGGCAUUUGUGCUCUACAUACACUAUGUGAUAUUGAUGGUGACCAUAUUCAUUUUUGUCAUUCGCGACAGGCGCUACAGCAAAGAAAAUGAACCCACACCCACAGUCAGCGCACCCAGUUACAAGCGUCCCACCGAGUCUACAAUGGAUCCGAUCGAAAGAUACAAAUAUAUAUUUACAGAUUAUUGACGUGCUGGAAUGCCAGCCCAGCCAUCCGCGUUGAUGCCUUGAAGAUUCUCUCUCUAUAUGGUACAGUGCACAUGUGAAUCAUCCCAUCUAGCCUCAAUCACGUCCCUGACUCAUAAUAUUUACGUGACUGUCGGCGUCGAUCUGUAAUCGAUUUCUGUUUGUGGAAAUGCCUCAUCUUUUUAACUGAUAAUAUUCGUACUUGGUUCAGAUUUGAUUGCAUAAAUGAGCACAAGAUUUAAUACA